AUGGCCCCCCUCCCUCCUCCCUCUCCCCUUCCCGAGUUGGUGUACAAGAUCACUCCGUCCGAACCCCCGGAUCCCAUCCCCUGGCCAUACCCCCUCUCAGACCUCGACAAGCAAGAUGGCUUCAUACCCAUCACAUCCGAUCUCUUCUUCAAAGACAGCACCUCCUUCUACAUCCUCAAGCUGCGCCUCGCCAACUUUGACGCGUCCAGCGUCAAGUGGGACGAGGUAGACGGGACAAAUGGGUGUCCGCAUCUGUACGGCAACUUUGGGGCCCAGGAUGUCGUGGCUGUCCGGGAGUUCCGGCGCGGGGAGGGGCAGACGUGGAAGGAGGUUUUUGCGGGCGAGACGGGGUGGUUGGAGUAG